AUGAAGAAAGAGCCCAAAGGUCACUGGAAGGUGGGGCAGCAGCAGCUUUCUGUUGAAUCAGGCUUGGUGUCUGUGUCUUGCGGCAGCUCGCACGUAUUGAUCACAGUGCCGGUGGAUCUCUUUGGGACGGGCGUGGCUGUUGGCGUUCAUGAACUGACCCUGGGAUCUGGCUGUUCCGUGACUGCUGUUUAUCAGGAUGUGCUGCAGCUCGAAUAUCCUCUCCAUGCAUGUGGAGCCAUCAGAGAAUUCCUCCCAGACAGUAUCCACUAUAGAAAUGUUCUCUACUACAUGCCUUCUGCUGAAAAUGGUGUGAUCCGGACCAGUCAAUUCUCACAACCCAUAGAUUGUAUCUACCUAAGGUCAUGGAAUGUCUCCUCACUUGGAAUACAGCCCACAUGGAUCCCUUUCAGAUCCACCGUGAUGGAAAAUCAGCGCUUGGAGUUUGCCCUUGAAGUCUAUGACAGUACCUGGUCAGCACCUAGGUCUGACCCCACUUACUAUCUUGGGGAUCUAAUCAACAUCCAAGCAUCAGUAAGGAAGGGCAGCCACGUCCCUCUGAAGAUCUACAUUGAUGAGUGUGUUGCCCGGCCAAACGCUGAGUCCUCUGUGAAAUACGAAGUCAUCACAAACCAUGGGUGCCUUGUAGAUGGGCAGCAAAGCAACUCCCGUUUCCUCCCCACGCAGGAAGAUGGAAUCCGCCGCCUCCAGCUGGACACAUUCACCUUCAUUGGGGCCUCCAACCACCAGAUCUACCUCAUAUGUCACUUGAAGGCGGUGCCUGUUGGCUCUGCGGACCCUCGCAACAAGGCAUGCUCCUAUGACCUCACUACUGCAUCAUGGAGUUCCUAUGAAGGAGGAGAUUGCGCCUGUUGUGGUUCUCCUAGUGGAUGUGAGAGCAAGAAGAGGAAGAGAAGGCAACAGCAGAAGAAAGGAUUGUCUGGAGAAGCCAACCUCAAGCUUGGUCCCCUUGCACUGAAAGGAAAGCCAACAAACAGCUCCUCCACACUGAAUGACUUCAGCACUUCUGAGCUGAUGUCUGUGGUGACCAGCUAUGCCACACUCAAGGCUCCCCAGGCUGCUGAGUUGCCUGCUAACCAGAGGGUGACUAUUAUCGUGAGGGAGAGAGUGAAGGAAGGAUCUGGGUUCUUCCUCCAUUUCCCCUUCUCCAUUGCCACCAUGGUCAUAAUAACUACCUGUGCCUUCAUUAUAUUUCUAUCGAUUAUGGGCUGCUACUGCUCCAGCAGACGGUCCCGUCGUGGAUAUCGCAUGAAGACCAUCCGUGCAGCUUUGGUGGAAGUUAGUGCCGUUGCCAUGGCACCUGCAGCAACUGGCUCAGUAGCUGUUGUUUCCACUGGCAAAUCCAGAGCUAUCUCCAAGAGACCUGACAGGAGAGCAGCCAGCAGCUAG